AUGGCCGACGGCAGCGCCUCCGCCUCGCUGCCCUCUGUUUCUCCGCACCACCAGUACCACCGCAACGCCAUCAAGUCCUCAGUGCACAAUACAGCUGCUAAUCGCAGGAGGGAGCAGGCUCUUGUGAUAGGGAAGGAAAGAAGGGAAGCCUUGAUGCGUGCAAAGCGAGUAUGUCGAGCUGCUCUUUCCGGCAGUGAUGAGGCUGCAGCAGAAGACGGUGACAUGGUUAUUGACGAGGGGAAAGCAGAUCUUGAGGCUAGAACGACUCAGGCUGUUGAGGAACUGAAAUCUGCUUUGUCAAGCCAGGGAAAAGGGGCACAGAAGAGGAAGACAGAGGUGCUUCAUGCUUUAAGGCGUUUGUUGUCCCAGUCUGAAGUACCUCCAGUUGAUGCAGCAAUUAAAGCUGGAGCAGUCCCUCUGUUAGUGCAGUAUCUGUUGUUUGGAUCAUCAGAUGAACAAUUGCUAGAGGCAGCUUGGUGCCUUACAAACAUAGCGGCAGGGGAACCUGAGGAAACUAAAUCCUUACUUCCUGCUCUACCAUUGCUCAUUGCUCACCUUGGUGAGAAGAGCACCACACUUGUCGCGGAACAAUGUGCAUGGGCCAUCGGUAAUGUUGCUGGUGAAGGAGCAGAGCUGAGAAGCACAUUACUUGCUCAAGGGCCUGAUUCCAAGGCUGCGAAUGAGCUUAUUGGCAUCGAUGGUGUACUGAAUGCAAUAACACGGAACUUGGAAAAAGCGGAUGAAGAACUUGCAACUGAAGUGGCAUGGGUAGUGGUCUAUCUUUCAGCACUUUCAGAAAAAGCUACCAGCCUAAUAGUAAGAAGUUCUGUGCCACAGUUGCUGAUCGGGCGGCUUCUAGCAUCUGAAAACUUGCAGUUGCUCAUUCCGGUACUUCGCGGUUUAGGAAAUCUUGUAGCUGGUGAUGGUUACAUGGUUGAUUCAGUCCUAAUUGUUGGAAACAGUGUCACAGAUCAAGCCUUAUCAAGUCUUAUCAAGUGUUUGAAGAGCGACAAUAGGGUUCUCAAGAAGGAGGCAUCAUGGGCCAUGUCAAAUAUAGCAGCGGGCAGUUUCGAGCAUAAGAAACUGAUAUUUGCUAGUGAGGCGACUCCUUUGCUGAUGCACCUCCUCAGGACUGCACAAUUUGACAUCCGCAGGGAAGCAGCAUACACCCUGGGCAAUCUGUGUGUUGUCCCAGCAGGCAGUGGUAACCCCCCAAACAUAAUCAUUGAACAUUUAGUUGCCAUCGUAGAUGGUGGAGCCCUUCCAGGAUUUAUAAAUUUGGUGAGGUCAGCUGAUAUAGAGAGUGCGAGACUUGGGCUUCAGUUCCUGGAACUGGUGAUGAGAGGAUACCCUAACAGUCAGGGUCCAAAGCUCGUGGAGGCAGAGGACGGCAUCGAGGCUAUGGAGAGGUUCCAGUUCCAUGAGAACGAGGUGAUGAGGAAUAUGGCCAACGGUUUGGUUGACAAAUACUUUGGCGAAGACUAUGGUCUCGAGUGA